AUGGCAUCCCUCGGCCUGCUUUUCAUAUUGAUCUGCCUUGUUGCUGCUUUGAGCAGGGGCAAGAACGUUCGCGAGAAGAUAGAACAAUGGAAAACCUGGGCGAUUUCAAGGCUGCCACACCUACCGGCUGAUCCAGUCACGUCCUCUUCACCAGCGGAAAAGACCCAGAAGGAAGAAGAGAACUUACGAUAUGCACUCCCACCUCUCCAGCCCAAGACUUCUUCCCGGACCUCAAUGGGUCUUAAACGCCUAGAGAAGUCCAACUGGCUCACUGUUGAUGCCCACUAUACCUCUGAACACCAAGUCCGCAACUAUCUCCUCAGGACCUCCCAUCCAAAUGUUAUACAAUGCCUCCCGGGCUCCGAGGCAGCAUGUCACGAGGUCCUGAGUAUCGCCGUUGACUUCCUCAUCACCCGCUUCCCAGACCAAUUCACUAUGGAGGGUGAAUCAAUCACCAACCACAUUGCCAACGAGAGCUUCCUUGUCGGUCCCGACUGUCCUAACCCCUUAGAAGUAGCAGCAAGACUGGCGAUGGAAGACUUUAACAUCCUCAUGAAGAAUUCUGAGACGGGAGAAUACCACCUUCAAGCUUCAGCUACUUUGUUCCCGGCGGGAUGGAAAUUGCAAGAGAGGAUUGGGACGACGAUGGUAAAUUUGCAUGGGCCUGUACCGAGUUGGAAGGAGAAGAUGGGAGGGGCCGUGAACAGGUAUUUUGACCACUUAUCCGCCAAAACGGCAAUGGAGCGGACGAAUCUCUUCAUUCAGUCAGAUCCACAUCUCUUCAGCGAUGCUCCAGAAGUUCCCGCCGGCCAAGAGAAAAAGACAAUACCCCAAGACCUCCAGGUAAGGAGAGAACGUCAGACGUUCACUCGGCUCGAGAAAACUGGUGCAGUACUGUUUACCGUCCGGACGUACAUGCAGCCGGUUGAGGAACUAGGGGACGAAGAAGCGGUAGCAUUGAUCCAUCAGGUGGGAGGUUGGGAGGAGGAAAUCAAAGUGUAUAAAGGAUGGGACGUUUGGGGGAAAGCAUUUGAGGAGUGGUGUGAGAAGAGGUUCGGAAGGUGA